GCUACUCUCUGCCGCAGAAACGUUCCCAAAUCACGGCCUUUCUUGGCCUCGUCCCGCGGCCAUUCCUCACACAGCUUUAAGAACCGCCGGUACCUGGUAGCAGACAUCUUUGGACAUGCAAUGACAAUCGAGUUGGUCUCUGCUCCCCUCGUUGCUGCCGCUCUCGCUACACCGCACGCUAGCAAGAUGAGCGGAUCAGACGGCAAAAAGGGCUCUUCCUCCGGUGUGAUGGAGUGGAUCGGUUCAGCUUGUCGGUUUGCAACAGACAGAAACGACUUCAGAAGGAAUCUUCUGGUCAAUCUGGGCUUGUUUGCAGCUGGUGUUUGGGUGGCAAGAAAUCUCUCAGAUUUUGACCUGAUGUCUCCUCAGCCCGUGACAUAACCUGGUCAAAAUGCACCACCGCCAAAAUUAGGAUGAUGGUGUCUUGGACCAACAAAGAAGAAACAAGGGACAUGAAUAAAUUAUAACAAAACUUUUAUUACUAGUUACACUUUGAAAACAAAUCAUCUUGCUGACCCGUAUUAGCCUCAGUUUUCUGUAGAAUAACUUAUUUCAUGUCAUCGUACAGUAGGUGGCCUGGAGAGAAAUAAUUACAUUGAAUUGUACAUUGAGUGUCUCUGUCCUUUUUGCCGUUGACCCAUAUAAUAGCUUUAAUUGAAUUUUUUAAAUCCUCAAAACACGUCUGGUCACUUAAGUGUAUUAUUUUGGUACAUUCGUUUAUUUGAAUGGUGUAUUGUGUGAUUUCUGCAGCUAUGUCCACUCAGGAGCUCUUUGUUGCUGCAGCUCAUAAAUGUCUGUCUGCUGGUAGAAAAUCUCUCUCUGUCCCUCAGAGUCGGGACCUGGCUGCUCAGGUCUUGGCUGUUGAUUUGGGAUUGAAACCAGCUUUAUUGUACGAUAGCAACGGCGCCAGUGCAGAUCAGGUGCGGCAGUAUUUGAGCUCUUUGCAGUCUUCCCAGCUCGUGUCUAAAUCACUUCUCACACUGGAUUUAAAUGGAAACGCACUUAUUGUUAAUCCAGUUACAGUCAGAUCAAAUGUAGAACAGCUGUUUCACGAUGGCAACGUGGCUGUGAUCGAUGUCUGCCAUUCACUGGAGAAGCCCACCAUCGCUGACCCGCUCAGAAGAGAGCUGAAGAGCAUGGCACACGAUCUACUGCUUCUCCUGAGAGGGUUCGAACACCUGACGGAGGCCGAGAAACCUCACUAUGUUGGAGAGAAAUCAGACGAAUGGAACCUGUGCACAGUGUUUGGUCUUUUAUUGGGUUACCCCGUCACUUACUGGUUUGAUCAGACCAAGAGCUUUGAAAACUGUCUGUCUAUGACUCCACUGAUAGUGACUACAGCUUCAGCAACAUGGCAGGCAGAUACCGCAGCUCACAGAUGUUGUCUGUACUCCUUCAGCGUCCCAGCUGUUCUGCUUAAAGAGAUACAGUCCAACCUGGAACACUGGAGGCUUUGUUUACAGGAAAGAUUUCAGCAGCAAAAUGUCCUAAAGGAUCUUACAGUUUGUCAAUCCACAGUCAUUCUGCCCUCAGUCUGUUUGUGAUGCUAGCAUAAGUUUGUGUUUAAAAUAAACUCUUAUAAAAUA